AGAGAGAGAGAGAGAGAGAGAGAGAGAGAGAGAGAGAGAGAGAGAGAGAGAGAGAGAGAGAAAACAGAAAAAAAUAAUAUUCUCAUGCAACACAGCGCCUGUCUCCCGCAUCGUCCCUUUCUUGCGAGAUGCCCACCAGAGCCGCCACUCAUGCCCGUGCACCUUCCCCAGCAGUGCCCGGGAAAGACAAGGAGAUGCUCAACAUGUCGAAGGAAACAGCUGAUCGCCUCUACCUCGGCUUCCGCGCGGUCGUCAAAAUUACUCCGGCUUUCCCAACCAACAAAAAGUAUAGAGAGUUCGAGAAAAAGGUGUUGAAUCGCAUCAAGCAAUACCCCUUUUGUGUCCCUUAUAACCCUGGAAUUUUCCCCUUUAUCGAGGUGCCAAUCUCCGCAGCACACCUGUACGACGCUGUAAUGAUGUACGCUAAAGUAUUACACGAGACUCUAGCCAACCCUUAUGCUGACCCUGCCAACGGUACACACAUUCUCUCGCUUAUUAAGAAUCGAUCCUUUCCCUCCAUCCAGGGUUUUAAGCUCCACAUGGACGAAAACGCGGAUGCUGAAGGUUCCUAUUCCCUGCUGGCCAUCCGUCAGCUGAGCUCAGGCCAUACCCCGCCUAUGGGAUGGCACAAGGUUGGCCACUUUCACUUCCACGACCACAGGACCGGGACCCACGACAUGGACAACCUGCCGACGCUGGUGAUGAACGACACCAUUCUCUGGCUGGGCGACGGACCUCCCCUGGACGCCCCCAAGUGUGGCUUCGCCUCCGAGAAAUGCGGGACAGACUGGUCCAGUAUCCUCGGCGGCGGUGUGGUCCUCAUGCUGGUGAUGGUGGCGGCUCUGUUCCUCUGCAGGCACUACCGGUAUGAGCAACGCCUGGCAUGUCUCCUGUGGAAGAUUGACAUGCGUGAAGUGACCAUACUCAACGACCCGGCCAAGGUGCCAUCCCAUGCGCCUGCUAACAACAAUACGAACGUGCUGUGGGGGGGAGUGGACGGCCCCCUGGAGGUACCCCGGGUGUCCUACUGCAAGAUGGGUGUGUACAAGAAUAAUAUCGUCGCCGUAAAGCCAGUGAAGAAGCGGAGUGUCGAUCUUACGAGGAGCAUCCGGAAGGAACUGCAACAGAUGCGUGAAGUCCGUCACGAAAACCUCCUUCCUUUUAUCGGUGCCUCGGUGGACACAGGCGCCGUCUGCGUCCUCACCGCCUACUGCACCAGAGGAUCUCUCGAGGACGUCCUUGCCAAUGAUGACUUCCUUCUGGAUAAUAUGUUUGUGGCUUCCCUGGUCGCUGAUCUUAUCAAGGGCAUGAUGUUCCUGCACGACAGCGAGAUCGUGUCGCACGGAAACCUUCGCUCGAGCAACUGCCUGAUCGACUCCCGCUGGGUGCUGAUGGUGGCCGACUUUGGCCUCCACGAGUUCAAGGCUUCCCCUGAGGUUGUGAUCGAAGCCCGCAAGAGGCUGUGGACGGCCCCUGAGCUGCUCCGAAGGGGGGCGACCCUCCCCCGGGGUACGCAGAAGGGGGACGUCUUCUCCUUCGGCAUUAUCCUCUACGAAGUCAUGGGGAGGAAGGGCCCCUGGGGAGACUACAUGGACAAGUUCACCGUGCAAGACAUCCUUUCGAAGCUCCGAGAGUGCUGUGAGCCUCCGCUGCGCCCUCCGCUGGACACCCUCAAGGCUCCUGAGUACGUCCACCGGUGCCUGAGGGAGUGCUGGGUCGAGGAACCCGACGAAAGACCCGACUUCAAGCUCAUUCAGCUGCGCCUCAAGGAAAUGCAGGCAGGGCUGAAGCUCAACAUUGUCGACAACAUGCUGGCGAUGAUGGAGAAAUACGCGUACAAUCUAGAAGGCAAAGUGCAGGAGAGAACGAAACAGCUGAUGGAGGAGAAGAAGAAGACGGAGAUUCUGCUGCUGAGGAUGCUGCCCAAGUCAGUCGCGGAGUCCCUGAAGAGAGGGGAGAAGGUCCACCCAGAGAGCUAUGAUAAUGUCACGAUUUACUUCAGUGACAUCGUUGGCUUCACUUCGCUGUCCGCGACGUCGACGCCUCUGCAGAUGGUCGACAUGCUGAAUGACUUGUACACCUGUUUCGACGCCAUAAUUGGUGACUACGACGUGUACAAGGUGGAGACCAUAGGGGACGCGUACAUGGUGGUCUCGGGCCUCCCCAUCUGCAACGGCGACAGGCACGCUGGGGAGAUCGCGUCCAUGGCACUCAAACUCCUCGACGCUGCCAGGACAUUCACCAUCAGGCACCGCCCUUCGGAUACGCUCAAGCUGAGGAUCGGGAUUCAUUCGGGACCCUGUGUGGCAGGGGUCGUGGGCCUCACAAUGCCCAGAUACUGCCUCUUCGGCGACACUGUUAACACGGCGUCGCGAAUGGAGUCCACGGGAGAGCAGUUGCGAAUCCACAUUUCUAACGCCAAUAAGCUGAUGUUGGACAAGAUUGGUGGAUAUCUCGUCGAGAAGCGUGGGCUCACCUACGUCAAGGGCAAGGGCCAGAUGAUGACGUGGUGGCUGGUGGGCGUCCAGCGGCCGGACGCGAGGAACCCCGACGCCCCCGGAGACAGCCAAGCCACGCCGAUCCCCACGCCCGUCGACGAGCCUCAUCCGAGCCCCGCCCACACGCCCACCUCCAGCUCCCCGCCCUCGUCUCUUGCUCAAAGUGCUGCCGCAUCGUCCGCGUAUUCCUCCGGCCACUGUCUGGUGGGGUAUGGCAUACCCCCUCCUGCAGCCACCCCGUCGGCCUCUAGUCACGACAAUCUUGCUUCCCUCGGCGGCAGUCACGGUUUGGGGAACGGUUCGCCUGUCUUCACUCACUCCGAACUCACAAACUCAUCCUCCUUUACUCAUGACGUCGAGGUGACUCAUAACCCUACCAUCAAUCAAAGACCCGAACUCACAAACUCACUCUCUUGUACUCACGAUAUCGAAGUGACACGCAAUCCAGCCAUUAAUCAAACACUCGAAGUCACAAACUCACGCUCCUUUACUCACGACAUCGAGGUGACUCACACCCCAGCUCUCGUCCACUGCUCCUCUCGACCUCACACGCCCUCACGCGCCGCGCAAAAUUCUCCCAUUGGAUCUCUUCCCGCUUCGAGACCAAAAGAAAUUGACAGGGAAUCUUCGUUCUCUCCCGACGCUCUCGCUGGCGGCAGUGGAAACAGGGCGGCACCAGAGAUCUCAACAGCUGAUCGCAGACUCCCUUUGUUCAACAUUGCUGUCGAUAUCUCUUCGGUUCAAAAUUCCCACGACGCGAAGCCUGUUCAAACAUCUCCUUGUAAAGCAGACCGCGCUUGGGAGGAGAAGCAGAAGGAAGGGGUGCAAGCAGAGUCAAGCCGCCCUGGGCAUCCCGAAAUAACGAUGGUUCUCCCACAGCCACAGCGCACGACGCUGACUGUCGACUCGACAGCUGUUCCUUCCUUGACCAGUGACGUCAUCCAGGACCUACGUAACGGAUCAGCUGUGGCUCUGCAUUACCAGCCUCCGCCGGUCGUACCCAACAAACAUGACCCGAGGAAGAAUUUCGUCUGAUACUUCGAAAACAGUUUCUUGAUCUCAUAUCACUGCUGUAAAUAGACUCUCAGAUUCUUUGAAAGGGACUAUUUUUGCACAAAAGCGUAUUGUAUUGGGUAGACUUUAGCAUGAACCCGGAAGGAUAGUAUAGGUGUCUGUUUAAAUGAAAUGCGAGGGGGAAAAGUCGAUGCCAUUUAUUACGGAUUUUUUUUUUUUUUUUUUUUUUUUUUUUUUUUUUUGAGAAGGUAUCUAGCUUGAUAAUGAUUUAUCAUAUAAUGGAAAUAUAUAUUAUGUGUAUGUGUCACUGUCAACCAAUAUUGUGUUUUUGAUGUUUUCGACGAAAGAAAACAUACUGGAAAUGAAGAAAAACGGAAUUUGAAAUUAUUCUGAACAUCAUAUAAGAGUCUGUCGGAUGUGUUUCGAUCAUUAAGGAAAAUCGAAUAUAUGAGAAAAAGGAAGAAGUUAACGAAUUUUGAAAGUUAAGAAAAAAAAGUUUAGUGGUCAUCCUACUAAUGUGUCAUAGACUUGACGGUCUUCAGUCCAGAAAGUAUAGAAUUCUAAUGUCAUUCUUUUCGCCUAUCCUAAGCUAUUCUAAGCCACUUCAUAGAACAUUAUAUAAGCAUGAGUGUCAUACGUGGUGUUCAUUGUCUGUUCAGGCGGCCAUGAACACCGGUUUCCUGACGAACCCAUCAAGGAAUCGAACUUUUAUGGACUGCCUUUGCUCCCAACCCAUGCUCCUUUCCUGCUGAUGAGGGCCUGGACUUUUUCCUUCUAACUGAGGACCCCUGAAAACUGGCGGGUGAAUAAGAUCCCAUAAAAUUCGCUAGUUCGGGGCACUAGAUAAUCUGUUUGUAUAUCCAUUAAGGGCCCUAGAUUUUUUCCUUUGGAAUAUAUAAUCUCUAGAGAAAUACCUGCAAAGCAGAGGCCAGGAGAAUCGUUGAUCCUCGUUUCUCUAUUAAAUAAGGAUCAUAGGAAAAACUUGCUAAUUAGGGCCCCUAAGUGUUUUCAUCUUGCGAAUUAGUGGCCCUAGAAAAUAGGGGAUUCAAAAAUAAAUAAAUAGAAACCUGUUGAUAAAGGGCUCUGUAAAUUUAUCUGUAAAUGAGGGUCUGUAGAAAAUUACCAACUCAUCAGGGCCUAGAGAUUUACCUGUUAAUGUCAGACCCUGGAAAAUCGUGUGCUAAUGAGAGACUAUAGAAAGCCACCUGAAAUUAUGGACUCUAGAAAAGUACCUGAAAUAGAGGGAGCCUCGAUAAUAACCUAUUAGGGACAGCCCCUGCAAAACCAGGGCCUCUAGAUAUUCUCAGAAUCUUCCAUUUGUGCUUCUCAACCAGAUUUACAUUAUAUACAAUCUCUGUAACUUUCCGAGACUUCUAUACUAUUUGGAGCUUCCUUUAAAUGGUUCAUAUGUUGUUAAUCCAAUGAUAAGAGGUUUAGUGAUAAUGGAUUUAUAUCUAAAUGAAAAGGUAUGUAUAAAAAACGCAAACUGAAAUAGGAAAAUAUAGAAUGAUUUAAUAAAUUCAUUCAAGACA